AUGGCAGAACCUGAAACGGAGAAGAAGACAUCAUCCGUGGUGCUAGACUGCUCUCUUCUCGAGGAUUUUGUUUCGAAACUGCAGCUGUCUCCGUCUCCGUCAGCAAAAAUGGCAACAAAAGAGCACACAUUGUCCAUGCCAGACUGGUCUCUUCUCCCUGAUGAUCUGCUUCAAGUGAUCUCCGAGAAACUGGAGAACUGUUUCGAUGUAGUUCAUGCUCGCUCUGUUUGCAGCGCGUGGCGAUCCACAUUUCCAUUUCCCGCUUGCCUAUUACGACCAAGUUACUCUCUUCCCUCUUUCGCCGAGUUGCCUUACGAAAGCGAAGACUUGUGCACCCUCGAGAAGAUCCCUUUGUUCCUCUUCAGAGUCCGUACUCUUGAUGAUGCUGCGUCGGGUUCUGAGUUUUUCGUGGGAGCAAUAGACCGUAGAGAUGAGUCAGAGGAUCAUACAGAGCUUCCACCUCCUCUUCAGUGUUCAGUGAAGAUCCCAGGAUCAUCUGAUUCUGAGCCAACCUUGGUGAACAUGCUCGACUGUCAGAUUCUCUCUCUGGGCUAUGACUACAGAAUGUUCGAAUGGGAACCUGAAGGAUACAUACGCAUGGCUGUCCUUCCACUAAACAAGGAUGAAUUCGUUGUGCUUCUCUACUACUCUCAUGUUUUGUUGGUAUUAACAAGUGCUGAAAUGAAGUGGAAGCGGCUUGAGAACGUCCUAAAUGGUUCAUCUAUGUGGCAUUUAGUCGCUUUUAGAGGAAAAUUUUAUGCAUCUUUGCCAGGGGAAGUUCUGGUUAUCGAUCCUUAUUCUUUGGACGUGACUCUCACGAUUCCGUCGUCGCUGCCUCUGGAGAUAGUAAGCUGUCUUGUCCCAUCUGGAAAUGAUGAACUUUUCCAGGUUAAAGUAAUUGCCUCUCCUACUGGUGAAGUUUAUCUUGGUCAGGCAAUAUUAAGAGUGAGUAAGCUAGAUGAGGAGGCUGGUAAAUGGGUCGUGGUCACAGAUAUAGGUGACCGGGUGUUGCUUAUUCAUGGAGAGAUUGAAAAUGUAUUCUUCUCGGCUAAAGAGCUUCCUGAUGGUUGUGGUUUGAGCAGGAACUCAAUUUUGAUCACUGAUGAGCCACGUGGUGAAUCUUUCUUGUAUAAAUAUGGAGUAGAUACAGGAAACGCAGAAGACGACCUCAGUUUUUGGAGAUCCUCAAGAGAUACUUGUGUGAGGAACAUCAGCAGCUCUCCGAUGGCCUAUCAUCUCAGGGUUGAGCAAAAUCUAACUUUGGAGACCUGA